AAAAAUGUACAAAUUAAAGGCAGAUCUAUAAGUUUGGUCGACAGUGACACUUUGAAAGAAGAAUACUGCGAACCAACAUUUUUAACCGUUUUAGACAGCGAGAAAAACGUAAUUUUGAACAAAACCGUUGGGCAAUUUGAUUUCAAAUUCGACGAAGACCAAGCCACCUGCGGCAAUGAGUACACCUUAUCUCUAAACAUGCAGGAUACGGUCGAUCCUCUAUCUCUGAGCUACACUCCGCAUUGUCCACCCCCAAAAAAUAACGUCAUUCUGAUAGCAACGACGCUCGUAGGGUUGCUUGUUGCGGUUUUGUUGAUUGCAAUUGGAGCCUGGUUUUAUUUCAAAAAAUGGAAGGCAAAAAACCAAGGCAACGCCGUAGCUUUCACUAACAACACGGUUAUCAUCAACGCUGAAGCACCGCUAUCUUUGAGCAAUGGUCCCGAUUGCGAGGAAAACAUUUACGAACUUCCUCCCAGUGCAAACGCGACGGAGGUCGAGAAAUACUUGCUGGCCGCACUUAAUAAUAAUUCCCUUAAAGACCAGUACGAGAAAUUUCCUCGCGGCCAAACGCAACCGUGGGAUGAUGGGACAAAGCCGGAAAACCGGAAGAAGAACCGCUAUGGGAAUUUGGCGGCGUACGACUCUUCCAGGGUCAAACUCCAGCUCAUGCCUGGCGACCAAAACUCUGACUACAUCAACGCCAAUUACGUCGAUGGAUACAAACGGCCGAGGGCUUACAUCGCCAGUCAGGGGCCGAGGGCGAACACCCUGGACGACUUUUGGCAAAUGGUGUGGCAGGAGAAAACUACUUUGAUCGUGAUGGUGACGAACCUGGUGGAGAGCGGAAAGAACAAGUGCGAGAAAUACUGGCCGGACGAAACGCAGGAAGCGAGAUACGGCCGAGUCACCGUUCGCACCGUCAGAGAGGAAAUCAACGCCGACCACGUCUCCAGAGCCUUAUCUAUUUCGCGCGAUAAUACUAACAGACUGGUCGAACAGCUGCACUACACGAACUGGCCUGACCAUGGUGUGCCGCUCUAUCCGCAGUCCAUGGCUAUUUUUAUCGAGAAAAUUACCCAACAUAGUGACCAGCACCCCAUUUUGGUCCACUGCAGUGCUGGAGUUGGGAGGACGGGGACAGUGAUUCUGAUUGAUGCUUGUCUCCGGAUGUUCCGUUCCUACAACCGGAUCGACGUCGCCAAUAUUUUCACGCAAAUGCGUUACCAACGAGUCAAUUUAGUCGAUAAUUUGAAACAAUUCGAGUUCGCGCACUUGGUGCUCGUGGAGAGCAUUGUCAAUCCUAAGUUUGAAGUCAGUUGUGCCAAUUUUCCCGAAGAAUGCAUGAAAUUAAUGGCAAACAACAAACAGAAGAUGAGGGAAAACUUCAAAAAACUCUUAGCAAUAUGCCAGAGAGACUUCAACAGGGCCGAAUUGCCAGUGAAGAACGACGUGGAAAAAUGCAGAUAUCCCGACCUGAUCUCAUCAUCGAACGCGAUCGUGCGGCUCUUUCCGUAUGGAAAUGUUGUCACCAUGAGUUUCAUCAACGCAGUGUUCGUCGACGGGUACAAAAGAGCGAAGGAGUUCAUUGCCACGCAAGUGCCAAUGCAAAACACGAUUGCAGACUUCUGGAGGAUGAUCGACCAGUACAACGUCAAAGAAAUCGUCGUCCUCAACGAACCGCAUAUUUCAGACGGUAUUUUCCUUCCAACGAAACAAGGCACGUUUGUCUUUGGCGACAUCAAAGUUGUCUACGAUGAUUACCAAGAGGAAAAAUACUUCAAAACGCUAGAAUUCGUUCUUAAUUCUAAAGGGAAAUGCAAGAAAGUCAGCAUGAAAUGUGUGUUUGGCUGGUUGCCUGGCGAAAUUGCUCCGCCUCAUUUGGAGUCACUUAUUGAGCUCUGGGGAACGCUUAAAAUCACAAAUGAAAAAGAUAGCAUCACAAUCGUCUGCCAUGAUGGAGUGACCGCCAGCGGCCUGUUUCUUGGGAUCGGCUUUGUGAUAGAAAAAAUUAAAAUGGAGCAAAAGGUCGAUGUCGGCUUGGCCGUUCGAACUCUGAGAAAAUCCAGGCCGGCGUUCGUUUCGACCGAGCUCCAGUUCAAUCUGCUGUACAGAGCAGCCAGCAUGUAUUUAGAAUCAUUUGAUACCUACGGGAACUUCAAAUGAAGAAACAAUUUUCUAAUAUAGGUUGAUCAAUGAAAUUUAUGAUUAAAUAAUUAAUUUAAUUUCCA